GUGCAGGCUCGAGCUGGAGUCAGUUUAGUCCAAAUCUAUCGCUGGAUAUACAAAGUUAACUUAUCAGCCAGAAGACUGGCAUAAAUUCAAAUAAUAAAAAUGAAGGUACUUUUAUUACUGCUGGUGAUUUGUGCAGCUCUUCAAGUAAACUGCUCGAAACCCAAAAAUCCGGUAUGCGAACUAGCCCAUUCAUUCAAUGUCGAUGUUUAUACUUCCUGCCUGAAUAGUGCGCGCCGUUGGUCCUACAAUGCCGCAACCAAUACCUGCAUUAAGUUCACCUAUUUGGGCUGUGGGGGAAACGGCAACAAUUUCCUGACCAAAUCGCAAUGCUUACGACAGUGUGUGCGAAAAUAGUGGAAAAUUUUUAUAUUUAUACUCCCAUUUUAUUAAUCGAUGUAAAACAAUCUUAUCAUAUAUAAAGCAUAUUUAGAAUAUA